AUGUUCACGAGUAGAAGAUCAAUAUUACGGGUUUCUUUCAUCCAAGCAACAAUUCUAUCAUCUUUGGGGGUUUCCUGUUGUUUCUGGGUUGAUAUUGACGCAUCGUCUGAUGCAGGUAUGGAGACACUCAGCUCGGGAUCAGAGCUGCGUGUGUCCGUGGGGCAGUGUUUUCGCACAUUGAGUUCCUCUUCAGAGCAACACGAUGUCAUCUGCGCUCUCCAGACGCUCCACUCUCUCCUGGGCUCACAGGACGGCUCCACCUCCACCUCCACCUCCUGCUCCUCUGCUCAUCAGGAGGAGUUCAGACGCUGCCACUAUACCCGCACACUUCAGUUUCUCAUCAGUCACAUCCAAUCAGACUGGCUUCACAACCUCACAGCAACCAAGAACACUCAAUUAUGGGAUAGCUUAUUUCUCCAAGGUCCUCCAGAACAAGCGCUUCUGGUCCUUUUGGAGGGGAUUGGGCAGAUAAGCCCUAGUACUCACUUGGACUACUUGCUGAGCAUCACAGAGACGUUCCUUCAAACUGGCCGGCUGAACGAGCUGCUGUGGUCUUACUGCUUAGGGGCCGGCCCCGCUGACUCGCCACAGUUCAGAGAGGCUCUGCUGGGACGUGUCGUGGCCCUUCCAGACCUCAUGGCCAACAAGCUCCAGCUCAACAACAGAACAGUGUUUCUUCCACAGAAUUAUUACCCGUUACUGGCUCGAGGGAUACUCAUUGCUCUGGAGAGGACCUGCAAGGCAUUAAAAGGAGGUUCUGACUGUUCCUUGACCUUCGUUGCUCAGACUCUUGGGAAAGUGUGUAUCCAGGGCCACAGCGCUUCAGUGAUGGCCGUGCUUAUUCCCUCGCUCUCAGAACGCACCACUGACGACAUGGUGUGGCAGAGGGUCUGUUGGAAACUUCUGGAAAAUGUGCCACAGCGUUGGAUCCAUAGCGUGCUCCCUCCUCUCGUGCAGGCCGUCUCCCGACCCGAGGCUUUGAGCAGGAUCAUGGGGAAUCUGGUGGUGUCCAAUAAAAAGGCCCAGUUUGUGAUGACUCAUAAGAUGUUGUUGUUGCAGUACAAGUACGAGACGCAGGUUCUGAGAGUCCUGUUGGGUUACCUGGCAGCAGACCGAGAGCGACGACCACUCCUUCUACAAGUCCUGCGUUCCGUGUGUCAGGCGUGGGCCAAUCCCAGCGCAGUGCGACACACCCCGCUGCAGCAGCAGAUGUACAUCAGCAAAGCCCUGCUGCUCAGCGUGGCUCUGCUGAGGGAGGCGGAGCUGACGGAGCUGCGUUCAGAGUUGCUGCAGUGUCUUCUGGGAGGUGUGCAGAGCCACCUGGACAGCAGCCUGGUGCGGGUGCGACACAUGGGGAUGGCGGUGGGAGAGGGCCUCAGCGCUCGCCUCGACUUCAACGGAACAAAGCUGAAAUUUGAGUAUGAAGCCGAUGAGGAAACACAGGAGCUCCGUUCACUGAUGAAUCCCACAGAAGAAGAAGAGCAGGAGUCUGAGCCCAGAAGAUUAGAUUUGUCCGACGUCUGCAAAGAGAACCCCUCCUCUACAGCUCCUCAGCAUCAGCCGCAAACCGCAGACCCGGACUUGGAUUUGGACAGCGAUGAUGAACUGACGCCGUAUGACAUGUCGUGUGACCAGAAGCUGAACCAGGCCUCCCCUCCUCGGUACUUACGCGACUGUCUCGAAGUUUUAACUAGUUCUGAGGAUGCUGCGCGGAUGGAGCUCGGUCUGAACGUGGCCGAGAGUUUGGUGCUGAAAAAUCCAUUCGCGACUAAAGAGAUCAGCGUCCAAAUGACUAAAGUGCUGCUUCACAUAGAAAACAAAUUCAACAUCGAUAACUUCCUAUCCCUCCGACGAGCAACAAUGGUGGCCCUGGUCGUCACUGACUGUAUCCCAGUCACUCAGUAUCUGUCCACGGAGUUUUACUCAAUGAACUAUAGCCUCCGCCAGCGCCUUGACAUUUUGGAGGUGCUCGCGGGGGCGGCUCAAGAGCUUUCAAAACCAGUCUGCAACAAAUCCGAGACUGGCAUCGUUGUGGCUGCCUCGUCCCAUUCCAGCCCGAACCCUGGAGACGACCCUGAGCACUGGAGACAGGUGGUGGAUAAGCGAAUUCAAAGCAAAACCAGGCGUCUCAAUAAGGGUUCCACUCGACCUCUCCAAGCGGCUCCAAACCGCUACGCCGCCGUCGCUGGACACUUUUUCUUCCCUUUGCUCAGAAAUUAUGACAAGCCACAGGUGACCUUUGACCUUCUGGGCAGUGACCACCUGGUGCUGAGUCGGCUGAUCCACACUCUAGGUCUCUUCAUGCACCUUGCACUUCAUGCUCCGGCAGCCGCACAGAUGGGGUGUGCUCUGUUGGACUUUGUGUGGACAGUGCGGUAUCACGCAGAGCAAACCGUGAGGAGAGGCGUGCUAUUCGCAGUUUGCUCUGUGUUUUUGAGCAUGCCCAGUCAAAACCUGCUCCUGGAUCUCGGGGAUAAAGUGUUUGAGACGAGAGCUUGGUUAGCGGAUGUGACUGAAGGGGAUGCAGACUCUGACUGCCGCAGCCUGGCCUUACAAAGGGCAACAAGGAAAGACGCUCUGCUCAAGACUAACACUACAACACAGCGUCACGCCACUGGGGACAUGGCGGUAUAUUUUGACCAUCCGAUUGAUGCCCCAGAGAGCAGUGGUGCGCCCAUACAGCUGACCUGGCACUCAGCUUCACCAGUUCUCGCUGUGGCUUCAAGUGGUCCCAGCUCUGGAGCUGUCGAUGUUUACAUGCAAAAGGGCGACUUUGUGGAGAGGUGUCACAUAGAAAGACCUUACCAACCCACUGUGGUACUUUGGCAUCCCACAAAGCCAGUGCUCGCUGUUGGCUGGGAGAAUGGAGAGGUGAUGCUGCUGACUUAUCCGUCUGGAGAGCACACUGCUCUGCCCAGCACACAUUCAGUCUCAUGCUCUUUGCUCCAAUGGAGUGGUUUUGGAAGCCGCUUAGUUACAGGCGACCAGAAUGGAGUUCUUGCAGUUUGGAAUAUUGAUGGAAAGGGAAGAUUACAAGGACAUCAUCUCACUAAGCACGAAUACAAAAGACCUUUAUCCAGCUGCGUUUUCAAACCAGUCAGCCCUGGAGAUGAUGUGGUGAAGCUCGCCCAGGCGUCUGUACGGGGAGAUGCAAGUGCUUUAGAUAAGUUUGGUUGGAAUAACACACCCCUCAAGAUAGGCCCUCAAGAAGAGCUUACAUUUUAUAUAAGCACCACAUAUGGUACAGUCUAUGUUGUGGAUGAGAAUGGUAAAUCAAGCGAACUUCUAAGUGUGGAAGGAGCCAUUAAACAUCUGUACUACUUUGACAAAAGAGAUGUCCUGGCUGUAAUCACAGAGACGAUGGUUCUCUCGCAGUACUCGUUAGGACCCCCAGGUCAAGCCCAGGAGUUCAUGCAGGUCAAGUUGAGCAGCAAGUCAAGGCUCAUUAACUCCAUCGCUUGGACUGAUAAUGGCAUUCUAAUAACAACAUCAGGGGACCAGGUCGUCAGGCUGUGGGACCUUGAUCGCGACGACAACUAUGUUCUAUCUCUUGAAGAGGCAGUGGGAUUUGAGAGCGACGAGGUUGUCAACUGUGUGGCUUAUUGUUCAGGAAAAGGGAUACUGGCUGCAGGUACCAGUUGUGGUCGCAUAGCAAUGUGGAAAAUGGUGGUGCAGUCGGGUAGCAACAAGACAGACAAUAAAAUCAAGUGGAAGUUACAAGCUCCUUCUGACAUACAGGGAAACGUCACUCAGUUAGAGUGGAGUUCCAACUUGCACCUUUUAGCUGCUAACAAUUCCCACACAGUAAUGAUCCUGUCUGAGCACGUGAUGUCCGCGCACUUCAGCCAGCAGGUGGCAGCAGUGCAGCUCUCCCCCACUCAGCUCAGUGUCUCCGAGUUCAACUCAGAUCAGCAGCUCGUCCUUCAGUCAGACUCGCAUAUAAAGGGCGUCUGUGGCACUAAGGAGUCACUGAUAGUCUGGAGUGGGAAGCAGAUCACUGUGUAUGAAAUUACAGGAAGCACGUUACGCAUUUCUGCAUCCUUCCCCUGUGACACCCCUAUAGUAGCGGCUCAUGGAGAGAAUCUAUACACCGUGGAACCCAAUAAAGUCCAGAUUCGUACCCCCCAGGGCACAGUAAAGCAGUUAUUAUCAUUUUCCAAGACUGAAGGGAACCCCGUACUGCUGAGUGUGUGCCAGUCUUACCUCGUCGUGGGCACAGACACCGCUCACAUCAGAGUGUUCGAUCUCUCCCGGAGAGAUGCUAAAGCUCACUCAAGUGCCAAGAACCUGGCUGAUGGCAUUUCUAAUUUGGGGACCUUGAUUUCUGUUAAGUGUAACGCAAACGCCAGCCAAGUCAGCGUCCUCAUAACACGGAUAAACGGAAAGCCAGAUCAUAAAGUGUAUUUUUAUGAUGUUGAGAUGGACACUAUUACACACUUUGACUUCUUCAGUGGACGUCCCUCCAGUGGUAUCACCGCAUCUGAAGAAGGGGAAAGGCAGAGGUUUGAAGGGACGGAGCUCAGUGGCCGCUGUCCUGUCUCUCACGUUUGGGACGAGAGCGAACCUCGUCUUUGUGUUUGUGAAAUUGUGCCAAUCAGUUCAGAGUCUUCCGCCUCAGAUCCUAUGGACGCGGUGGAUGUGACGGUGGUGACACUGUUCUGCACUCAGGAACACGGGCUGCUUCUACACGACUGCUUCCUCAAACCCUCAGGACUGCAGUCUCUGCUCGCUCUGGAUGUGCCUUACUACUACUUCAUCUGCAAGCCUGGGGAGGGCGAUCCAUCAUGCCAGUCCAAAGCUGCCUCCUCUCCACUCAGCGAGCCUCCACAGAGUCCAGCUGCGCCGAAGACGGUGGCGAGACGAGCGCUCCGAGACUUUGUCGGGCUGGAGACAUGUGACAAGAUCACGCGAGACGCCAUGUUGAAUUUCAGCUUUUACUUGACCAUUGGGGACAUGGACGAGGCCUUCAAGUCCAUUAAACUGAUCAAGAGUAUUGUGCCCAGUUCCCUCAAAUCCACGCCCACAGGAUUUCGGAUGGACUGA